GACGCGCAGUUAUCGUUCUUCGCGUUGAAGAAAAUUGAGAAACCUCUCUGUACUCUACGUGGGAACUGCAGCGAAAAUCCACGGAAUGUUUUCGUUAAUUAACUUCAAACGAUAGGUUUUCACACGUACUCGCUGAACGAAACGACACACACGCACACAGAGCGAGAAGAAGACGAGAUCCUGACGGUGAGAUACGAGGAUGGCAAGUGGUCGAAACCUUACUAUGAUUGCGGGGGCGGGAACAUUUGGAUGUUGACUUACACCGUCCCCUUCUUCGGAUACGUCAACGACACCUAUUUCUUCAAGGGGACGAGUGGAAUCGACAUUGAUCUACGCAGGCUGGAUAUAGAUCAGUGCCCCCUGCCACCUGAAUCCACCCAGUUGAACAUUUUUGCAGCGAGCGACAAAUGCAAAAAACGAACCACCGAGUGCAUCGCGAUUCCAGGACUUGGAUUCCGUCGUGGAAGCUAUCGAUGCAUCUGCAAACGUGGUUUCUACUAUCCAGACACCAAGUCUCCCAAUCGAUACUACAAUGGCACCGUGAUCGAGGAAGAGUUCGAGAAAUUGAUGAUGGGGGAGGAGAGUCAGUACGACGUGGACGGUGUGUUCGAGUGUCUUCCCUGUGCGGAGGGUUGCGAGUCCUGCGAGGACGAUUCGCCGUGCGUGGUAUCCUUGAAUUGGCUGAUGAGAACCGCUAUCCUCAUCCUAGAGUGCUGCGUCAUCGCCUGUCUGCCCGCUGUCGCCCUUUUCACUUGGAAGUAUGGCAACGUGAAGGUGGUAAGAGCUGCGAGCCCGGUUCUUCUACGCGUCAUUGUGCUCGGAGCGUUCUUCAUAUAUUGCACGACGAUAGUAAUGUACCCGCGUCCGAACGUCAUAACCUGCACGGUGCGUGUGUGGCUGAGAGAGAUUGGAUUUUCCCUCACUUACGGCGCUCUCAUGCUGAAGACAUGGCGAAUAUCGGUGAUAUUCCGGGUGAAAUCGGCGAAAGCGGUGAAGAUAACGGAUGGAAGUCUGCUGAAACGGCUGGGCAUCAUCGUCAUGAUAUUCAGCGUGUUCCUGAGCAUUCGUACGCUGGUUGCACCGCCUGUGGUUAUAGUGGCACGAACGGCGGACGACCUGAAGGCUUAUCUCUGCCUGACUGACUGGUGGGAUCACAGUUUCACCACACUUGAAGUUAUGUUUCUCAUAUGGGGAAUAAGACUGUGUAUCGUGGUGAGAAAGACACCGUCAGAGUUCAACGAGAGCCGAUUCAUCUCGAUGGCGAUUUACAACGAAUUUCUACUGUCGGUCUUCCUCAACGUCUCUAUGUUGUUCUUGCAGUCGCCGGCAAAUCCGGAUCUACUCUACCUAAUAUUUUUCUGUCACACUCAGCUAACGGUGACGUUGCUGCUCUGCCUGAUAUUCGGCAGCAAGGUCUACGUAGUGUUUCGUAGCGGAGGCAAAGAAGACUCGAAACAUUCCGGAGCCACUGGGAAAUUUCUAGGGAAAAGCAGUCGUCCAACAGGCACUAGCAACCAAACAAAUUCUAUAUCCCUUCAACAAGGAAACUUCACAGACGAGAGCGAUGGUGCAACGGAGGAAUUCCGUCGAUUCAUCAAUCAGUUAGAAAUUUUAAAGGAGAAGAAUGUUCUACUUGGCAAUCAUCAUUUGGUCAGCAAACUGACAGCCAUGCAGGAAGCUGCGAAUCGCGCUGAGACACAAGUAUCCACCAUACAGGCGAUAUCCUCCAGCAUGAGGCUGAACGAUCUUAACGGAUCGACGACAAUCGCCGAAACAAGCGUUGGCGGAUCCUUUAAAAGUGAUGCUGACCAGAAAGGUGGAGAGACCAAGGAGGAGAAGAGAUGCCAGGCCUGCGUGGAAAAAAACGGGAUUCGAAGCAAGGACCAGGGCUCCUCCAAGGAAGCUGAGGUUCUGGUUUCCGUCGAGGCGAAGAAAUCAACGAGGACCAAUGACGUGGCGGUCUCCACUUCCGGCAGGCCGGCCACCGAGGACAUUGGAACGGAAACGAAACAUGAGGACAAAGAGAGUGAGGUUAGGGAACGGGACAAGGGCAAGAGCAAAUCCGGCCACGCGAGGACGCAUGCUAUAGUCAUCAAUCUGGAUGACAAAAGCAGAUUCUCCGAGGAAGUCACUGUGUAAAAAUAGUGGGCCAGAAUUGGUUCAGUGAAAACUCGAGCUAAAAAUUCCCUAGUUACCUGUACCCGUUGUGAAGAACGUGAAACUAAAUGUGAUGUAAGUGUGUCGAGGGACUGGGAACCUUGUUUUGGGGAUUUCGUGCUGGGUUUUGUUUUCCGUGACACUUGUACUUUCUUGGUGUCCAAUUUCGACUGUCGGUGUACACUUUUCGACGAUUAAUUGCAGACUGAAAGUUAAACAAAGUGGUCCGACGAAGCAACCGAUGUGGCAUCGACGUGAGAAAAAUUCCCUAGAACCAGUUCUCCUGUUCUAACUUAGUUUUCGUCGAGAAUUGAUUAAGCGUCAUUUAAGUUAGGAUGUUCCUAGAUUCAUUUACCGUUUAUUUAUCCUCUUUUUCUCAUUUGUUCGCUCGAAUUUCCCUAGAUAAGAGUUUAGCAGCGCUUUUUUUUCUCUUUUAUCUCUCUCGUUUGGUGCUUUAAUCGUUAUUUGAAGGAACUUCGAGUGAAACUUUCCUACAGUGAUUCUGUUUGCAAGUUCGAACCGAAGACACCCUAAUCGGUUCUGGAUUCCCCCUAACCUUCCCUCGCCCAUCCCGUUUGCCUUUAUUGAAUUUGUUUCUAAGGGGACAGGUUGGCAACCGUUCUCUUACGGAACUUCUCGUCCCUGUUUCUUUCUUCGUCUUAAUUUUUUCACUUGAAAAUACCAGACGAAUCCUCUUCUUCCAUAAUUUCUUUUUACAAUUACAUUUAAUAGGACAACUUUUUAUUAAAUUUUCUAUUUUCACGUUUCCUGUAUUAUAUUCAAUCGAAGCUCUUCUUUGUUGAAUUUUAACUCGAUUAAUUAAUAACAUUCCGCAACUUUGUAAUAAAUUGUUGCACAAACUCAAGUAUAAAUGAGCCAAGUUUAUCCUUGUAGAAUUGAUUUGGAAAUUAUGUUUAAAA